CCGUGACGUCGCUACCGAGGGGGUGGGCGGAGAAGGUGGGUGGGACGGACUCGCCUCGCAGCAUCGUCCGUGCGCGAGGACAGGAAAGACGAAGCGCGCGGGGGUCCUGCACAGCGUUUGUCAGGAGAAGCGAUACGACGCCGCUCGGUACUGAUGUAUGGGAUGGAACAGCCUUACAGGUUUUAAAAUCCUCCACUCUGGGGACCAGCAUUUCUUCUCAGUGAUUCCUUUGAGAAGUAUCAGAUGUGUGGAGCUGUAGAUUGCCCAGAUGCUAAACUGAAUUGGGACCCUUGGAGCAAUUUUUGCAAUGACCUAGAAGUAAGUUCUCCGUUCUAACAUGGAGAAGAAGAAACCUUGCCCCCGCUUACUGGAUUAUCUGGUGGUGGUCGGAUGCAGGCAGCCCAGCAGUGACAGUGUGGCCCAGACUCCCCAGCUCUUGAGGCGCUACCCGCUGGAGGACCAUACGGAUUUUGCGCUGCCUCCCGACGUGGUGUUCUUCUGCCAGCCCGAGGGCUGCCUGAGUGUGCGGCAUAAGCGCAUGCGACUGCGGGAUGACACGUCCUUUGUCUUCACGCUCACUGACAAGGACUCUGGUGUGACACGCUACGGGAUCUGCGUCAACUUCUACCGCUCUUUCCAGAGGCGCUUGCGCAAGCCUAGCCGACCUGAGAGCCACCACGACAAGGCAAAGAGUCCUAGUGGGACUGCCGCGGAGCAUGGUACAGCAGGGACGAGCAAGGGUGACAGCUCGCUGCAAACACUAGGCAGCAGUCCCGCCCAGCAGCGCACUAAGUCACCGCAGAUCCAAAGGAACCGCAACAACACGCUGACUUCUCUUUGCAUUGUCAGCCACUACCCCUUCUUUUCCACCUUUCGAGAAUGCCUCUAUAUCCUCAAGAGACUGGUGGACUGCUGCAGUGAACAACGCCUCACCAGGAAGUCUAACGUCUCCAAAGGGAUUCAGAGGGACACCAUGUGGCGCGUGUUCACUGGGGCACUCUCAGUGGAAGAGAGGUGCAGCGCUUUGCUGCAGGACCUACGAGAGAUUGAGUCCUGGGUCUACCGGCUGCUGCGCUCACCUGUGCCCACAGCUGGCCUUCAGCGUGUGGACGUUGAAGUGCUGCCCCACGAGCUGCACCCCGCCCUCACCUUUGCCCUGCCUGAUUCCUCCCGGUUCUCCCUGGUGGACUUCCCCCUGCACCUUCCCUUGGAGCUGCUGGGAGUGGACUCUUGCCUGCAGGUGCUUGCGUGUAUCCUGCUGGAGCAUAAGGUUGUGCUCCAAUCCCGAGACUACAACGCUUUGUCCAUGAGCGUCAUGGCCUUUGUAGCCAUGAUCUAUCCCCUGGAAUACAUGUUUCCCGUCAUCCCACUGCUGCCCACCUGUAUGGCAUCCGCAGAACAGCUCCUCCUUGCACCCACUCCAUAUAUAAUUGGAGUUCCUGCCAGCUUUUUCCUGUACAAGUCCGAUUUCAAGAUGCCAGAUGAUGUGUGGUUAGUAGACCUGGACUGUAACAAGGUGAUUGCGCCCAGCAAUGCUGAAACCUUGCCAGUCCUACCAGAACCAGAAGCCUCAGAGCUAAAGAAACACUUGAAACAGGCCUUGGCGAGCAUGAGCCUCAACACCCAGCCCAUUCUCAACCUGGAGAAGUUCCACGAGGGCCAGGAGGUCCCCCUGCGGCCCCCAGGGGUGGGCAACGCUUGCACCCCCUCCACUGAAUUUAACCCACUCAUCUAUGGCAAUGACGUUGACUCCGUGGACAUCGCCACAAGGGUUGCCAUGGUGCGCUUCUUCAACUCCCCCAACGUGCUGCAGGGCUUCCAGAUGCACACGCGCACCCUACGCCUCUUUCCCCGGCCCGUGGUGGCCUUCCAGGCUACAUCCUUCCUGGCCUCACGCCCUCGCCAGUCUUCAUUUUCUGAAAAGCUGUCACGCACGCAGGCUGUUGAGUACUUUGGGGAGUGGUUACUGAGCCCGACCAAUCAGGCCUUCCAGAGGAUUCACAACAAUGUGUUUGACCCUUCCCUUAUUGGUGAUAAGCCCAAGUGGUAUGCUCACCAGCUGCAGCCAGUCUACUACAGCGUCUAUGAUAGCAGCUCACGGCUGGUGCAGGCCAUGGGCGAGCCAUUUGGGAUGGAAAAUGAGAACGAGAACCCCUCAGAUUGCUCCGAUGACAGCAGCAGUGACAGUGAGGACUAUGAUGGCUCCAGUUCUUCCUACUCUUCGCUUGGGGACUUUGUGAACGAAAUGAUCAAGAGUGACAUCCAAGGGGAUGUGCAGAAUGUGGUCCCCCCGACCCACGCAGCCCUGGGAGAUGCCAGCGAGGUGGAAUUUCAGGACUUGCUGGAAGGCCAGUUGGAGGUUGCAGGGCCCUCAGACUCCCUGCAGCCCAAGUCCAGUUCCAGCACCACAGCCAGCUCCAGUCCCAGUACAGUCAUCCAGGGCAUCAAUCAUAGCCAGGAGGUGGCCGAGCUAGCUGAGAUGGAGGUAUCAACAGGGGUGGCUGUGCAGAACCACCUCGCUGGCCUCGGCACACAGCCCUUCCACAGGAUGGGGGCUGAGCCUACAGGCCCCACAGCCCCCAAGAAGGAGUAUGACAACCCUUACUUUGAGCCCCAGUAUGGCUUUCCCACUGAGGAAGAUGCAGAUGCAGAGGGGGAGCAGGAGGAGAGCUAUACCCCCCACUUCAACCAGAACUUCAGUGGGAACAAGACCCAGAUGCCCCUGCGGCCCAACACCUUGAAGCUGCCCGGCGACUCGGAUGGCGAGUCUGACUCUCAUGCCAGCACACCCAAUUCAACUGUCUCCAACAACAGCAACGAAGGCUUCAGUGGCCUCAUGUCCUUUGCUAGUAAUCUGUACAAAAACCAUGGAACCAGUUUCAGCUUGUCCAACCUGGCUCUGCCCAACAAGGCUUCCCGGGAAAAGUCCACCCCUUUCCCCAACAUUAAAGGCAACCGACCCCCAAGAGCCCUGGUGGACCAGAAGUCAUCGGUCAUUAAGCACAGCCCCACAGUGAAGAGGGAAUCGUCAUCCCCCCAAGGCCGGGCGAAUAACACCAGUGAAAACCAGCAAUUUCUGAAGGAGGUGGUACAGAGCGUGCUGGAGGGGCAGGGUGUGGGCUGGCUCAACAUGAAGAAAGUGCGCCGACUGCUGGAGAAUGAGCAGCUGCGUAUCUUUGUGCUGAGCAAACUAAACAGGGCUGUGCAGUCGGAGGAGGAUGCCAGGCAGGAGGUCAUCCGUGAUGUGGAAAUCAGCCGGAAGGUGUACAAGGGCAUGCUGGACCUACUGAAAUGCACAGUGUCCAGCCUGGAACAGUCAUACAGCAAUGCGGGCCUGGGUGGUAUGGCCAGUGUCUUCAGCCUGCUGGAGAUUGCCCACACUCACUACCAGGCCAAAGAAACCAUUUCCUCUGACACAUACAAUGGGCAAUUUACAGUCCCCUAUUCACUUGAAAGCAUGUUUUUGGACUGUGGGAGGAAACCCACAAAAAUUCCAUGUAAACUAAGCAGGGAUCAAAUCCCUGCCAUCUUGCACUACACAGGUACUUUGAGACAACACCUUGAUGCACCACCAUGCUGCUCCCACGGAUGCAACUUGUACUCAGCAGCUGGACACAAAUGUUUCACAUUUAAGUGGUUUAUAUUAAUGAUUGGGGUAAUCCUUUUUGGAUCUGCCUUUCUUAUACCUCCACCUUUUUAUAUGUAUACUCCUAUGCCCCUUUCCCUCUUUUGCUAUCUCUCCUGGUUUCCUAUGCUCCUUGUAGAAGCUGAGAAGCGCAAGCGGAGCCCCAUGGAUGGUGGGGGCAUCAGCCCUGGCAGCAAAGGGAGUCCGACCCCCAAAGGCGACAGUGUCAGACCUCUGGGCCCACUUUUAGUGCCCAGGCUACAACUUCACCCACCCUCCUCCUCCCUAGCCACAGCUGUUGGCAAAGGCCCUCGCCAGUUUGAUACGCGCAGUUUGAACGAGGAGAAUUUUAUUGCCUCUAUUGAGGAGGAAGGAGCAAAGCAAGCCUUUGAUCCAGAGGACAUGGAUGAGAAGAAGUCUCAGAUGAGUGCGGACAGCGGGUUAAGUGUCACGUCCGGAUCUCAGAAGAGCGACUCAGAGAGCGUGACCAGCUCCGAGCCCCCCAUCCUGACCAGGAGUACUAGCCAGGACUCAGAGGGCAGCACAGUGGUUAGUAACAGCUCAGGGGAGACACUGGGGGCAGACAGCGACCUGAGCAGCAAUGCUGGGGAUGGAACACCUGGAAAACUGGCCCUUCACCACACCGGCUCCCGGGGUGGAACCCUCUCAGACAGCGAGAUUGAGACCAAUUCUGCCACAAGCCCCAUCUUUGGCAAGACACACAUGCUUAAGCCUGGCUUGUUGGAGCCUCAGAGCAAUGUGAGCAAAGGGGGCCCUCUUUUGCCUCCAGAGGAUGUCAGCAUGAGAAUUUACCUUUGUGAGGGUCUCUUAGGCAAAGAGCGCUCUACGCUGUGGGACCAGCUCCAGUUCUGGGAGGAUGCCUUCCUUGAUGCAGUUAUGCUGGAGAGAGAAGGUAUGGGCAUGGACCAGGGACCACAAGAAAUGAUCGACAGAUACCUGUCGCUGGGUGAACAUGACCGCAAGCGUUUGGAGGAUGAUGAGGACCGACUUUUGGCCACUCUGCUGCACAACAUGAUCGCCUACAUGCUCAUGAUGAAGGUGAAUAAGAAUGACAUUAGGAAGAAGGUGAGGCGUCUGAUGGGAAAGAGUCACAUCGGCCUAACCUACAGUCAGGAGAUCAAUGAGAUUUUGGAUCAGUUGGCUGAUCUGAGUGGACGACAGCUGUCGAUCAGGCCCAGUGGCAGCCGUCACAUCAAGAAACAGACAUUUGUGGUGCAUGCUGGGACAGAUACCACAGGAGACAUAUUCUUCAUGGAGGUGUGCGAUGACUGCAUUGUCCUGCGCAGCAACAUUGGAACUGUGUAUGAGCGCUGGUGGUAUGAGAAGCUCAUUAACAUGACCUACUGCCCUAAGACCAAGGUGCUGUGUCUCUGGAGACGCAACGGUCAGGAGACGCAGCUUAACAAGUUCUAUACCAAGAAGUGUCGGGAACUGUACUACUGCGUUAAGGAUAGCAUGGAGCGUGCAGCGGCCCGGCAGCAGAGCAUUAAGCCAGGGCCAGAGCUGGGCGGUGAAUUCCCAGUCCAGGACAUGAAGACAGGUGAAGGUGGCUUGCUGCAGGUCACUCUGGAGGGCAUAAACCUCAAGUUCAUGCACAGCCAGGUUUUCAUAGAGCUGAAUCACAUUAAAAAGUGCAAUACUGUCAAAGGAGUCUUUGUCCUGGAGGAAUUUGUUCCUGAAACUAAAGAAGUGGUGAUCCACAAGUACAAGACCCCGAUGGCACACCAGAUCUGCUACUCUGUGCUAUGUUUGUUCUCCUAUAUGGCCGCUGUGCAGGGGAAGGAGGCCGAAGGCAGGCCCAGAGCAUUGUCACCCAGGCCUCUGCCCAGCUAGCCCAAGAGUCCAUACGCCAGUCUUUAAUCUUUAGUCAUCUUCAGCUUGACCACUCAAGUCUCCCUCUGACACCGCCCCUCUAAAGCGGUUUACUUCAGCGGAUCAUUGAAUGUACUGAGAUUCCCUUCACUAUGCAUUUGCUCCAUUGACUUCCUGACUAUAGCAGUUUUCUUUUUUUUAAUUCACUUUUUUCUCCUUGUAAGAAAUUUAAAAAGAUUAAUGCCUAGGAACCUAAUAGUCUAUAGUGAAUGUAUAACUAUAGACUAGUUGCUUAAGAUGGUUUCCUACUUAGUAUCCCUCUUAAACUUUAAUUCAUUGUCCUACUUUAUUGAUCUGACAACAUUAUAAUUAUAUGUGAUUAUUGGUAUUUUAAACUGAAGUCUGCUCAGUCUAAAGUGUUGAAAUAUCUCUAAUGACAGUACAUUGCUAUAGGUAUUAAUGAAUAGGAUGUUUUAAAGCUUUUUUUGACACUUUAAGGACACUGUGGGAACACAGUUAUGACUCCCGUAGAAAACUGUGACAUUGGACAAAUUGACAGUCGAACAACCAACUGUUUUUUAAAGUUUUUCUUAAAUUCUUGUCUUGUGGUCUAACAUGCGUGUACUUUCCUAGUAUACUAAGUGAAGCUAGACAGGUGUACUAGUCCUAAAGUCAGUGUGUGGUCAGACAUUGAAUUGCAUGUUACAAAGAACUUAUUUCAAAAAACAGUGUUGUACUGUGUCUUACCUUCAAAACCAUAAGGCGUGUUAAGGGUUUGCUCACUUAAAAUGUAGUACAGUACACGGGUCGGAGUACUCAUGUUGAGGUUGGAAUGUCUGCUGUCCAAAUGAGAAACAUUGUUAAGCUUUAGGUGUAUGUAUAAAAAUAAGUUAUUGUUAAUAGACAAUGCUAUUUAUUAUGAGAAGUUGCUGUAUUUGGAGAUUCUCUCUUAUAUGUGACUACUGCUGUUCCUUGUGCUUGUCAGUGAUGAAAAUUUAUAUUCCUUUGCCUUUUGUGCUUUGUUUCUAUGCAAGAAAUUAAAUCUAUUUUGAUUUGUUUUUUUUUGUCCAAAAAGUAAAAGUUAAUAUCUAUGUAUGCAAACAUUAGUAUUUCCAUCAGAUGUUCUUCACCUGAAAAGAUGCAUAUUAAUCUAAAUACUGCCUUUAAAAGAACUGAGUAGAGGAGGGAGUCUCCAAAAACAUGUGGGGUUAGGGGCUAGUACAAUAUUCUUUAUUUCAGGGAAUGAUUGUAAGUUUGCUGCCAUAAAGAAACUGAAUUAAAAUGAGACCUGAGACUUGGAUGUAAAUAU